AUGCGUACCAGGAGUGGGUGUAUUAUAGGACCAAAUGACGAACCAAGUCACGAGAGCGUAUGGGAGCUGUUUGACAAACUCAGCCUCAAUUCAUCUGAAACCACAAAUCCAGAUAUGGCCCUACAACACCGCGAUCUCCUUCGAGACUUAGCCCAUCCGACGAUUGGGCCGAUAAUUUCAUGCAUCCAGUUGCCACAAGAAGCUCGGAACUACGAGCUUAAGAUGAUCCAUUACAACCAGCUGCCAUCCUUACACGGGCUCCCGAAUGAAGACCCGCUUAACUUCAUUCGGGAAUUCUACAAUCGAGGAGCAACUGAAGAUGAGGUGUUUCCCGAGACACUGAAGGACCGGGCCAAGGCUUGGUUCAUGACCCUCGCACUAGAUUCACUAACUACUUGGGCCGAAGUAUACACGAAGUUCAUUGGGAGGUACUACUCCCAUCAGAAGACCCAGGAGCUCCGGUCCCAAAUCCGGUUCAAGGAUCUCCAGCGGCAGUGCCCUCAUCACAACCUCUCUCCGGGGCUACUAAUCAACUACUUCUACGACUCCCUCCAUCAGAACUUGCAGUAUAUGGUUGACAAUGCGGCGGCGAGAGAUAUAGGAGCAAAAACGACUGGAGAGAUCAGCCGAGGGAAGAGAGUGAUAGUAAACGAGGUCGAGCAGGGCAACAAUGUGAUGGCUCAACAGUUAGCCAAGCUCACAGAGCAAAUGCGUUUACUUAACGCACGAGGAGCUCAGCUGGUUCAAACCAUGGCCAUUGACACGUGUGGGGCAUGUGGAGUCCCAGGGCAUAGGUCUGAAGUGUGCCCUUCAGCCUUCGAUCAGGAGUUCGGUGAGCAGUAUGCAGAUGCCAGCGCUUUACAGGGAUACCAAGCCCGGCCUGGCAAUGACCCGUUUUCAAACACGUACAACCCAAGAUGGAGGAAUCAUCCCAGCUUCUCCUGGUCCAACAACACGAACUCCCUCCAGCAACCCCGUCCGAAUUUCAUGCAGCAGCAACCUCGACCCAACUUCAUUCCCCGUCCGAACUACCAGCAGCAGCAGCCGAGAGGACCGGUAGCCGGUAUGCAAGCACUGGGAUCUGGGCCAAGUUCUUCCCUCCAAGAUGACAAGCUCGACAAGAUCCUCCAGUUUAUCAUGAACCAAGAUGCAUCCAUCAAGCGUCUUGAGACACAAGUGGGCCAACUGGCCACUAGGGUCGGGCACAUGGAGACCGAAUCUGACAAAGGAAAGUUGCCUAGCCAAACCGAGCAAGCUAAAGCCAUCACGGUUCUCAGAAGCGGGAAGGUAGUGUACAACAAGGUGCAAAUGCCCGGGCCCGAGGAUCAAGAGGUGACCAAUGAACCUGAAAGUGAGGGGACAGAUGCAGAGAAGAUCAAUGAAGGAGAGGCCGGGAAGGUGACAGACGAUCUCGUACUACACAAGUCACAAAAUCCAUUCAAGCCGCACAAUCCCUUUCCGGACCGACUCAGAAACGAGAAGCAGGAGAAGCAGUUUCGGGAUCUUUUCAGCAUGCUCUCCAAGGAUGGAGAGAAAGUGAUUGUGUAUGAGGCGGCAAGUGCAAUGCAGCACGACUUGCCCAAGAAAGAACGUGAGCCCGGUGGAUUCAUAAUUCAGAUAGCCUUGGGAAACGGGAAGAGGCUCGGUCUUGGGGAGUUGAAACCAACCUGCAUGUGCCUCCAAUUGGCGGACCGUUCCAUCCGGUAUCCGAAGGGGACAGUCGAGGAUGUUCUCGUGAAGGUGGGUAAGCUUAUCAUUCCAGUUGAUUUUGUUGUCUUAAAUGUUGGAGAUGUUCACGAGAAUGGAAAGGAUCACACCAUUCUUCUCGAGAGACCUUUCAUGGCAACUACUAAUACCCUCAUCGAUGUGAAGAACAUGACCCUGAAUAUGACUGUUUUGAGGGAGUCGGUGUCUAUUUCCAUUCGAGGAGCCAUGUCUGCAUCCUCGGUUAAUUUUGUAGAAGAGUGUGCUUUCAUUGAUCUAGCCGACCCCUUUGUUGAUGAGAUGGUACUUCAUGUGUUCGAGGAAGUAUCGAUUCUGGUUUUCGAGGAUGAGGAGGAGCAUAUAGUUGAACUCUUUGAAGUGAGAGAAGGUCAUUCCCGAGCUGAGGCCACACUUGAGCUUAAGGAGCUGCUCAAGCACCUUAAGUAUGUCUUCUUGGAUGAUGCUAAACAGAAGCCGAUGAUCAUCUUUGCUGAGCUUGACCGUGAGGAAGAAGAGAAGCUGAUAGCCAUGCUCCGGAAGAACCAGAAAGCAAUCGGGUGGAGCUUAGGAGACAUCACGGGGAUUAGUCCCUCUACAUGCAUGCACCGGAUUAUCUUGGAGGAGGGAGCCAAACCCUUUUGGGAUAGCCAAUGUCAGCUAAACCCGAAUAUGAUGGAGGUAGUCAAGAAAGAGGUGUUGAAGCUUUUUUCUGAAGGGUUGAUCUAUCCGGUGGCGAGUAGUGAGUGGGUCAGCCCAAUUCAUGUGGUGCUUCAGAAGGGUGGCAUAACCGUGGUAAAAAACGAUAAGAAGGAGUUGAAGGAUCAUUUCCCGUUGCCGUUUAUUAACCAGAUCCUUGACCGUCUGUCGGGCCAUCAGUUCUACUGCUUUUUGGAUGAACUCUCCGGCUACUACCUGUUGGGUUCGCCUGUACCGUACGGGUUAUACGCAGCGGAAAAUUAUGUUUAA